AUGAUUUUAACAAUCUUCAUAAGUAUUUCUUUACUAGUACAAAUAGAGUCUUCAAGAAUACUAGCAGUUUUUCCAACGCCACUUAUAAGUCACCAGAGUGUUCAUAGGUCUAUCAUACAUGAGCUACUUCAUAGAGGACACGAUAUCGUCCUCAUCACUCCACUACCAGAAUACCCACAAGGAGAUUCACCAGAAAAUCUGACAGAAAUCGAUGUCUCCAAUGUGACAAACGAAGUUUGGGAGAAAAGAUACAUUCAAACCAUUUCUACUAAAGAUAGUUUUAUAAAUGAAGACUUUAAAAAUAUUCUAAGAAUUGCUACUGAAGUUGUAGAAAAGCAAUUUGAAUCUAAAGAGAUCAAAUCUUUUAUUAACAACAAUGAGACCUUUGAUCUUCUUUUGUUAGAGACCUGGAUUCGACCGACACUCUUCUGGAGUUACAUUUACGAUGUUCCAGUAAUUUCUGUCAGCUCUCUUGGUUCAAUAUUCAAUGACUACGCGGACAUAGGCGGCCCUACGCACCCUUUGCUGUAUCCCACAAGCCUACAACGUGAUGUGUGGAAUGAGAACUUAUGGCAGAAAAUUUCGGAGCUGAAUCAUUAUUGGAAAUUGAACUCUAUGUUGAAUGAACUGGAGAUAGAAGAAGAUGCUUUAGCGAAGAAACUCUUUGGUGAUGUGCCACCAUUAAAAGAGCAGAAGAAGAAAGUAGAGUUACUUGUAUUCAAUGUACAUCCAGCUUGGCAAGGAGCUCGUCCUGUACCUAAGAAUGUGGUGCAUCUAGGAGCAACACAUUUGCUAGAUAGAAAUAAAUCGAUGCAUAUGAGUCCGCAAUUGGAGGAGAUCUUGGACCUAUCAACAGCCGGUGUGGUCUUCGUCAGCCAAGGCACCAACGUCCGACCCUCGAUGAUACCUGAGCAUUUGAAAACCAAGCUGAUUAGAGUAUUCAGCAAACUACCCUGCUCCGUGAUUUGGAAAUGGGAUGAAGACAUUAAAGAUUUGCCAUACAACAUCAGACUUGGGAAAUGGUUCCCUCAGGCAGCAUUGUUAAAUCAUCCGAACAUCAAACUCUUUAUAAGCCAGUGUGGCCAGCAGUCUAUCGACGAGGCUAUAGCAGCUGCGGUACCAGUGCUCGGUCUGCCGCAGUCAGGAGACCAGUGGCGGAAUGCUGAGCUGUUGGUACAUCAUCAAGUUGGUGCCACUGUCGACUUGGAGACGAUAGGAGAUGAAGAGCUGAAAAACAUUAUUGAGUUUACUAUGAAAAAUCAAAGCUACCGCACCAACAUGCAUCGCCUGCGCACCGCAAUAUUUGACGCACCAGCGUCUGCGCCGGUUCGAGCAGCAGACGCCAUAGAAUACGUACUACGUCACUCAUCAGCGAUGAUCGUGGCUCCUUCAAGGCAUGUUCCUUGGUUCCAGUACUUUGAAAUUGAACUGUUAAUUAUUCUUACUAGUAUUCUUUGUGUCAAAUUCUUUGUUUUGUAUAAAUUGUUGCGGUAUCUAUUUAGAGAAAUGUUCAAAAAAUGGCCGUGUACUACUUUGUAA